CAUUUUUACCUACGUACCUACUAAUCAACACAAUCGUGUUUCGACACUAAUUCAUCACCAUGGAAACUUACUUAUCACGCCGAAAUAACAUUUCUUUUAUGAAUGUAUGAUGUAUAAAUCGUGUUUAAUUCAUCUGUUUCAAAAUGCAAUUGAAAUAUUUAUCUACUGUUAUUGAAGCUAAGGAAGACACUUCAAAAAUAUUGGCAGUUGCUUGGUCUCCGAAUAAUUCGAAAUUGGCGGUUUGUAAUAAUGAAAGAAUUGUGUAUUUAUUCAGUGAAAAUGGUGAAAAAAAGGAUAAGUUCCCCACCAAACCUGCAGAUUCGAAGAAUUCAAGAAAAAGUUAUUCAGUGAAGGGCCUUGCUUUUUCACCUGAUUCUGUUAAAAUUGCUGUUGGACAAACUGAUAAUAUAAUUUUUGUGUACAGAUUGGGGGAGUCAUGGGGCGACAAAAAAGUAAUCUGUAAUAAGUUCCCGCAACAAGCUUCGGUCACUUGUUUAAUUUGGUUAACUGAAGGGCCUAUUAUACACGGAUUAGCGGAUGGAAAAAUCAGAGCAGCUCAUUUGAAAUCGAAUAAGUCCCAGACUCUAUAUUCAACUGGAUCUUAUGUAGUUUCUCUUGCUGCUAAUAAUCGUGGUACUGGAUUUUUAUCUGGGCAUGCGGAUGGCAGCAUUAUACGAUAUUUUGUGACUGACGAUUCCACGAUUGAACAACAGGGACGUGUAUCGACGCACAAUGUGCCACCUUAUGCGUUAGCUUGGCCAACAAAUUAUAUCUUUGCCAGUGGUUCGGAUCAAAUUAUAUCCGUGUUUGGAAAAGAUGGCCGAGUUCAUAAGAAUUUCGAUUAUUCAGACCCUUCUUUUGAUGAAAAAGAAUUCAGUGUGGCAUGUUCAAGUCCUAGUGGCCAAGCUGUGGUUGUUGGCAGCUUCAAUAGAUUGAGAUUGUUUAUUUGGAGCACAGCUCGACAAACAUGGGAAGAAGGUGCGGUAAAGGAAUUGAAAAAUUUAUAUUCCGUGACUGGUUUGAGUUGGCGAAGAGAUGGUUCUCGUGUUGUCUGUGGUUCACUUUGUGGUGCUCUCAUUUUAUUCGAGUCAAUUUUGAAGAAAACCGUAUGGAAAAAUAAAUUCGAGAUGACUUACGUCGGACCAAGUCAAGUUUUAGUUAAAUCAACGGAUCCAAACGAGGGCAGUUUAACCCUCAAAUCUGAACUAGGAUUGGAGAUUAAUGACGUCCGUAUUAUGGGAGGUGAUCGAUAUGUCGUGGCUCGAACUUCAGAUACUUUAUUAUUAGGGGACAUUUUAAAUAAGUUGUUAAGCGAAGUCCCAUGGCCUCAUUCCAGCCAUACCGAAAGAUUUUAUUUCAAUAACCAAAAUGUUUGCUUAAUUUUCAACGCCGGUGAAUUGACAUUAGUUGAGUACGGCAAUAACGAAAUUCUCACUCAUGUUAGAACUGAAUUCAUGAACCCUCAUCUCAUUAGUGUGCGUUUAAACGAGCGUAAACAACCAAAUUCCGCCGAAGAUAACAAAAAGCUAGCAUACCUUCUGGAUUUAAAAACUAUAUGCGUUGUGGAUUUGGUAUUCGGCGUUCCAAUUAUGCAGAUUGCUCAUGAUUCCAAAAUCGAUUGGCUCGAGCUGAAUGAAACCGGGCACAAAUUAUUAUUUCGCGAUAAAAAAAUGAGAUUAACACUUCUUGACACCCGAUCAACAGAAAGUCACUCUAUUCUCACUUACUGUACUUUCGUUCAAUGGGUACCUGGAAGUGAUGUAGUGGUUGCGCAAUCUCGCAAUAAUGCUUGCGUCUGGUAUAACAUAGACACUCCUGAUAGGCUCAGUAUUUUCCCCAUAAAAGGCGAAAUUAUGGAUAUCAUCAGAGCGGAUGGGAAAACUGAAAUACUCACCCAAGAAGGAACCCAUCAAUACGGAUACGAACUCGACGAAGGUUUAGUGGAAUUUGGCACCGCAGUGCACGAUAGCGAUUUUGGAAGAGCUGUCUUAUUUUUAGAAAAUUUACAAGAAGUUGCCGAUUGUCCGGAAGCUGAAGGAAUGUGGCAAAAUUUAGCUGAAAUAGCAUUACAGCUGCAUAAUUUAAAGGUAGCCGAAAGAUGUUAUGCGGCAUUGGGGGACAUUUCUAGGGCUCAUUUUCUCAGAGUUACUUUACAAAUUGCCGAAGAUUAUGCUAAACAAAAUGGUGGCGAUGGUUUCGACUGCCCAGAAGUAUGGGCCAGGAUGGCAAUUUUAAAUAGACAACUGAAAACAGCUGAGGCAAUAUAUUUAGAACAAAAUGAACUCAAUAAAGCUUUGGAUAUGUACAAAUCUUUUCACAAGUGGGACGAAGCGGUCGCCUUAGCCGAAUCCAAAAAUUACCAAAAUGCAGCCGCAUUAAGAACGGAACGCAUGAAAUGGUUACUGUCUACGCAACAAGAAGAAAAGGCUGCUUUACUUCAUGAACAAGACGGAGACUUCACAGCUGCGUUGAAUCUAUACUUGAAAGCUGGUUUAUCGGCUCAUGCUGCCAAGUUAGUCCAAAGAAAUCCUGAACUAUUAGAGAAAGAUGACGUGAUCAUGAAAGUAAUCUCAUCAUUAAUGAAAUCGGAACAAUACCAACUAGCCGGCGAACUCUAUGAAUUAGUUCAAAAGCCUUCUAAAGCUUUAGAAUGCUACAGAAAAGGUCAUAUUUACAUAAAAGCGGUAGAAUUAGCUAAAUUCGUAUCGCCGAAAGAAGUCGUAUUAUUAGAGGAAGAAUGGGGCGACUAUUUAGUCUCUCAUAAACAACUGGAUGCUGCUAUUAAUCAUUAUAUCGAAGCGGGUAAAACUGUAAAAGCUUUAGACGCUGCUGUGGGUGCCAGACAAUGGAAGAAAGCUGUUCAAAUAAUUCAAGUUAUCGACGAUAAAAAAUCGGUAGCUAAACAUUACGUCCAACUAGCCAAACAUUUUACCAAUAUAAAAGAUUUCAAAACCGCCGAACAAUUAUUUGUUGGAGUCGAAAUGUAUAAAGAUGCAAUAGAAAUGUACACAGAAGCGGGAGACUGGGAAAAAGCAUACGCCUUAUGUAGCAAAUAUGAAAUCAAUGAAGAAGGAAUCAACUUAUUAAUCGAUAAAGGUAAAACUUUGGAACAAAUGGGUAAAUUUUUGGAAGCAGAAAAACUCUAUAUCACCCUAAAACAACCUGAUCUCGCAAUCAGCAUGUAUAAAAGUAAUCGACAGUAUGAUCAGAUGAUGAGAUUGGUCAAAGAGCAUCAUAGUGAUUUGGUAGGCACAACUCACCUUCACCUAGCUCAACAAUGCGAACAAGAAAGUAAUUAUAAAGGAGCUGAGCAACAUUACAUCGAAGGAGGAGAAUGGAAAUUGGCGGUGAAAAUGUACAGGUCGAUAGACAUGUGGGAAGAUGCCUACAGAGUUGCUAAAAACGCGGGAGGUGAUCAAGCGGGAGAGCAGGUUGCAUUCUUAUGGGCAAAGUCGCUAGGAGGCGAAUCAGCUGUAAAAUUAUUAGCUAAAUUGAAUUUACUGGAUGCAUGUAUUGAUCACGCUUGCGAUAGCUAUCAAUUCGAUUUUGCUUUCGAUUUAGCCAGUACGAGUGCACAACAAAAAUUACCAGAUAUUCAUUACAAAUAUGCCAUGUUGUUGGAAGACGAAGGAAAGUUUAAACAAGCCGAAGAAGAAUUUAUAAAGGCUAAUAAACCAAAAGAGGCGGUUUUAAUGUAUAUUCAUAAUAAAGACUGGGAAAGCGCUGAAAGAGUGGCUGAAGCAUUUGACGACAGUGCCAUGAUCGAAGUACUAGUUGAACAAGCGAAGGAAGAAUUUCAAGCCAAAAAUUAUUCCCGAUUCGAAUCAUUAUUAUUACGAGCUCAUAAACCAGAAAUGAUAAUAUCCUUGUAUAAAGAAAAUGGAUUGUGGAUAGAAGCUCUUCGAAUAUGUCGUGAAUAUCUCCCUGGGCAUUUGAAUGCCUUACAAUCAGAGUAUCAAAAAGAAGUUGGUUCUAAAAUAUUUCGAGAUAUAAAUAGUCUGAUGAUUCAGGCUCGACAGUGGGAACAAAAUGGAGAAUUUCAAACUGCUGUCGAUUGUUACGUCAAAAUAGUAAAUUCAAAAAGUAGAGACCCGGAAAUAUUCAACAAAGCACUCAUGGAAUCUGCCAGAUUAAUUGUAAAAUAUCUCGAAGGGCCAGAAUCUGUUCAUUUUGCUAAAAUAAUCGGUCCAAAAUUGACAGAACUGAACCAACAUAACAUUGCAGCUCAAGUGUAUCUGGCGGCAGAUCUAGUCAAAGAAUCUAUCGAUAGUUUUAUUGAUGCAGAUGACUGGGUAAAAGCGAGAAAAGUCGCUGCAGAACUGGAUCCCAGUUUCGAAUCUUAUAUCACAUCCCGAUACAAAGAAUCCUUGAAAAAAGAAGGUCGCACGGAGCAGUUGGCUGAUGUGGAUAUCAUCGAAGCUUUGGACUUGUUGUGCUCUCAAGGACAAUACUCCAGAUGCUUAGAAAUGGCUAAACCACACGGUGAUCAAGUUUUACACAAAUACGUUGGAUUAUAUGCAGCCAAUUUGAUCAAAGAAAAUAAAAGUCUGGAGGCGGCCGAAUUAUAUUAUAAAUAUGGAACACCGGCAUAUCCUCAAAAUUACAACUUGUAUAGACGUAUCGUUUUGAAUACGUUUAGCAGUCGUAAUUUGGAUUCAGCUGAAUCCUACAUACACUGGGCUCGCUUGCGAACUGUUCUAUUCAAUUUGACCGAAGCACUGUCCUCGACUCGCGACGCAAUUUAUAAAGAAUUCGAAACACUGUUAUUAAUUAGUCACUAUUAUGCGUUAAGAUGUGCGUGUAAAAAUAUCCCAUCAUUGACUCCUACCAUCUUGAAAAUUUCAAUAGCUUUACUUCGAUACACCGAUAUUAUACCCGCCGAUAAAGCUUACUUUGAAGCUGGAGUUACUGCCAGGUCCGUAGGGCACGAAUCAGAAGCAUUUGUAUUCUUGAAUCAUUAUCUCGAUUUGUACGAGGCUAUCGAAGAAAAUAAUGGGGAAUUAGUCGAUCACUCGGACUUAGAAGUGACCGAUUUUCCAAUAGAAGUGCCAAUUCCAGAAAAACCAUUUCUAGAUUCUACUCAAAAUGAAGAAGUAAAAGAAUGGGUGCUUACCGUUUCGAUGAACAGGAAUUUAGAUCAAUCUUUACCAGUGGAUGAUCGAGGAAUAUUCGAAGCAUCUUUAAAAUGUCCCCAAAAAGGCCCGGAUGCGGUAUACCCUGCUUGUAUUGUAACGGGUUGGCCUGUUCUGGCUGUGUAUGGGGGAACAAUGAAAGGAGGAAUGGUGGAGUUCAAGAAAGGUAAACAUUUGGCCAUCAAAGAUGAAUGGGUUAAGUUAAUGAUGGCAGUUAAAAAUGUAUCUACUUCGGCUUCAUUAACAGACGCUAUUAAUUUCAUUUACGAGUGGUGCGGAACUCCACCUGCAUUCUCGUUUCAAUAAAUUAAUACUUGUUUUAAAUCGUUCGUCUCACCAAGACGAGCUUUAGAACUACUUUGUAACGGAGAAAAAAUUGAACAAAGAUAUUUAGUCAACUACAUUUUGUGAAACAAAUAAAAAUAAAAAAUAUUUGAACGUC